AUAGUCACAGCCCCUCCCCUGACACCCAGAGGAGUCUUCAGUGCCAGCCCCUCCCUGCUGACCUUCCACUGACGCCCUCUCCACACCUGUCCCUGACGCCAGCUGCCAUGUCCCAGGGGACACUGAGCUGGGUCCUCAUGCUGUCUUUAACGCAGAUUCAUGUUCACCAUCUUCCCCCUCCCCAAGGUCCCUGCCACUCUACCCUCCCCUCUCACAGCCCCAGGGCUGGGAACCUUCUGACCUUUCUUCUCCCCACACAGCACCUGUCAGGAUCCAACACGCCUGAGGCAGCCCCAGGUGGAUGAAGGAACCAGGCUGCCUCUGACCCGUCUCUCCACUGGGCUCUCAGAGGGACAGGACUUGCUUCCCUUGGCCUCAGAGCUCUGGUCCUUCCCAAGCACUGUCCCCGCUGAGUGGUCAGUCAGGAGGCACCCCAUAAAUAACUCCAGCCCGGACUCUGCCCCCACUGUGGUCUUCACCCACUGCAUGGGUGGACGCAGGGUAAAGCUCACCUUCUCAGUCCCAUGAGUCCAGCCGGGUGGAGCCUGGGGGCACAAGAGAAUGGCCCACAGAGCCUCUAGCUGGUCCCCACACUCAGUCAACUUGUGUUUUCUCAGAGACGUCGCCUCCCCUCUCUGAUCCUGUUUCCUCUUACCAAGUAGGGUCAGUAGUUUCUACCCCUGCCCCCAGUGGACACCUCUGAGGGUUCCACAAUCAAAUGGGUGAGGUUACAUUUAUGAAUUCCUCCAAUAGGGCUGGUGUUUAAUAACCACUGGAAAAAUAGUAGCAAUUAUAUUUAUUGCUAUUUCUUCUGUCCUGCCCAGUACGGGACCGAGCACACACUAGUUCCCCAAAGCUGUGUUGCUUAGUCUUGCAGGUUUCACAAAGGAAGUGGGUUUUGUUAAGGGUUCAGAGGAAUGGGGUGGGGGUUCAUCCAGCAGUGGAGACUUCAGGGGAACCCCAGCUCCCAAACCUGCUGCUGUGAAUGUGGCCACGCGGGCCACGGUUUCCCCAGAACUGAAGCGGGACACGGGCUGUGGAGCCGAGGACUGGGCCGUCUUCCGGCCCACGGAAUGAGUUGAGGCUUCAUCACUUGAGAUGCCCACACCGUCCUAGAGCAAACGUGGGUUUGGCUGAUUCCUGUGGGUUUGGGUCCUACGGGGCCAAUCCCCCGCCCCCGCUCCAUGUACAGAGUACAGGCUUCAGGUAAUAAUGACUGCUCCAACCCGGGCCUCUCUUCUGACAAGGGCGCUGGCUGAGGGCAGGGAUGCCCCCCUCCUCAAGCCUUUGGACGGUGGAAAGAAGGAACACCAGCUUUUUUCUCUCCCCACCCCCCAGCCAGGGGUGAGGGAGCCAAGAGAAGGGAGCCCCUCCCUGCGCUGGCUUCUGCUUUCUGGCCCAGCUGUGGCCAAGCCUGAGUCAGCCCCACGGGACCACGCUGGUGGAUCUGGAGCGUCUGGGCUCUGGAGCCUGAGAGGGGGAGGGGGUGGAGGUUGAGAAUUAGGGGGGUCCGGGCCAGGCUAGGGGAAAGGGCCCGGGCUGCUCAGCUCCUGCCCGCUCCCAGGCCAGGGAUCACCUCUCAUCGGAGCAUGGUGUGGGGAGGUGGGGUCCCCGGGCUAGGACCGGGGGCCUGGAGCACCCUGGCGGCCCCCAGAGGGAUCCGUGGACCCAUAGAGACCCUCCUAUCUCUUGGUCUCUCCGUGUCUCUGUCUCUAAGCCCCCACCUAUCCUCCGCUCAAGGUGCUCAAGCCCCAGCCUCACAGGACUGGACAGGGCUGAUUCCGGGGGUGUCGGGGAAGAUCGAAGGGCAGCACGUUGUCCAGGAGACUGGGAGCCCAGCACCUGGCGGGCUGUGGGAUGCGGGUGGGGUCGGGGUGGAAAGAAAGACCCAGAGAGGGAGAGAAAAGUAGAGAUCCCUAGAGACGUCAUGCCCCGGCCCCCGAGAGGCGUGUGCACCUGGAGGCGGGCCCGGCCUGGGGGCUGGGCCACCGCCUGGUUAAAGGCGGCUUCUUCCCCGGGACGCUGCUCCCGCCGUCGCACGUUCGCCCCCACUGUGAUGGCCUCGUCGCCUCUCCUGCUGUUCCUGCCUCUCCUGCUGCUGCUGGAGGUCGCCGCUGCGGCGCGGGCGUCCCCGCUGGAAAUACUCCCCGAGGGGGCGGCCCCCUGCGAGGCCGGUGAGCUGUGCCUGCAGGCGCCCCUCCGGAAGUCUGACCCUCCGCCCAUCAACGUGAGCCUCUACUAUGAGUCGCUGUGCCCCGGCUGCCGGUACUUCCUGAUCCGAGAGCUCUUCCCGACAUGGCUGAUGGUCUGGGAAAUCCUCAAUGUCACGCUGGUGCCCUACGGAAACGCUCAGGAACAGAACAUCAGUGGCAGGUGGGAGUUCACGUGCCAGCACGGCGAGCAGGAGUGCAAGCUUAACAAGGUGGAGGCCUGCCUGUUGGACCAGCUGGAGAGGAGCGCGGCCUUCCUGACCAUUGUCUGCCUAGAAGAAAUGGAUGACAUGGAGAAAAAUCUGAAGCCGUGCCUGCAGAUCUAUGCUCCAAAGGUGUCCCCUGACUCCAUCAUGGAGUGUGCCACAGGGGACCGUGGCAUGCAGCUCUUGCACAUCAAUGCCCAGCUCACGGACGCUCUGCAGCCACCCCACGAGUAUGUGCCCUGGGUCGUCGUCAAUGGGAAACCCAUGAAAGAGAAGGACCAGCUCUUACGCCUCGUCUGCCAGUUAUACCAGGGCGAGAAGCCGGAUGUCUGCCAACUCAUAGCCAGUUCCCACAAGGAAGUCUGCUUCAAGUGAUGGCCGGUGCCCUGGGAGGGAACUGAUGCAGGAAGAACAAGAUCCCACCUGCGCUCAUUUUUUGAUCCCUGAGUCAGCAGCCACUACUUAUCAUCCAGAUAACUUCUACACAUUCCACGAAGCUGAGACUCAAAACUCUGCCCUGAGAUCAAGAAUCUUGCCCCACUGAGAACGGUGCUACACUGAAACUAGUUCAAUAAACACUUCUGGAUGUUGUGAUUCAUUUG